AGUUAGUUGUUCUAAUCCAGACAAAAGCCUUUUAGUGUGCAUUUAGUCUUUGUUUGACUUGUCAAACACAAGCAAUUAAAACCAGACCCACACAUGAAAUCAGAGGGUGAUUUCACUCACUUAGUAGUGUCAGAGGACAAAAACUUUAAUGGUAGCAUGCUUCUGCUGGACAUCUUAAUUGUGGGGCAGCUGAAGGAGCAAAUGAUGUUGAAAGGAUGGAAAGAAAUGCAAAGUAAUGUAGCCAUUCCACAUAUGAUAUUUAAUACCAUAAUGACAUACUCUGCCCACUGCUCCACCCAAACACUGAAUGAGGAUAAGUGCUAAACAUCUAUGACAAAUGCAUAUGUCUAAAAUAUAAAUUCAUCCUCUGAUAUCUCUCCAUGUGUCUUUGCAUGUAGGCAUACAGAGUUUGUUUUCAUUUGUAUAAUGUGGUUUUUGUGAUGGGAUGUAAAGCUGAGCAAGCAUGACAUGGCAUUAAAAAUAUAUCACACACCACGGGAAAAUAUGCAAGUUGAAGUAUGCAAAAAUCUCUAGUGGAAGACACAUGUUGCAUAUUACUUACUGGUGUGCACACACACUUUGAUUAUCGUGUUAAUUUGGGUGUUUUUGGCACACAUGUAGCCCAGAAAACAGCACCAGGAACAUGUUUUCUAUUCGACAUGUGGUAAAAUACUGACAAAUUAAUGACACAUGUUUUAGGACAGAUGUACUGAAUUUUGCAAUAAGUUGGUUUUCCAUUUUGGGAGUGGGGUUGGUCUCCCUGGGACCCUCCACAGAAGUGUCCACUGGCUGGAGACGUGGCAGCGCCUCCGGUCAUAUGAUUUUAGUUCACACAAGAACCCCACCCCGUCAUUGCCCCCCUGAAAAGAGUUUUUUUUUUAAAUAUCACUUCUCCGUUAUUUUAGUGUGAAACGUCCGCCGAGAUCUAUAAAGUCCUGCAAAAUAUCCCCUGCAUAACUCAGCACAAAUAGUAGACACGGGAUUUAGUGGCGGUGACCACCCAAAACAGUGCCAUUUUUAGACGUUUACUGCUGACGUUUACAGAGGCUUCAAAUAGCUUCCGUUUUACACUGGUAGUGAUUGGACUGUUCUGUACUUACCCAGUGAGCUAACAUAUUGGUUGAACAAGUCCGACAUUCUACACUUCAAUGGAGGAACAGCCCAAAGAUCGGGCACAAGAAAGACAAUAUCACCACCACGGAGAGGACAGACACUCCAUUCAACAUACAACUUGUCCAAAAAAUGAUCAGAGCCACUUCCAGCGCCAGCAUCAGGAAACGCAGACGAAGAAAACAGGUUGGGCCAUCCGGAAAAGCAAUAAAAAAGUAAACAUCAGCGAGGAGGAGGGGGAGAAGAAUCCACAUCUGUCUGAUACUGUUGGUAUGUCGUAUUCCCCCAACAGUAAUGGUAACAGACAUGCAAGUAACACAAAUGUGAAGCAGAAGUCAACGCAAAAGCUGUACACGACUGUUCCAAAAGUGAGCAGCAAAGGCUUGGACUAUAAGAAGAGUAUGGACCUUAAAAAUGACAAGGAAAAGGCUCUGGAUUUGAAUCAUCAUGAGGGCCAGCCUUUGGAUAAGAAAGACUCUCUAUUGCUUCAAAAUGGCGUUGUAAACUGUGGCUUAAUUACAAAUGGCUAUUCUAGCAAGGACAAUGACGGUAGCGGCUCCGAAGGUGGAUAUACUACUCCGAAGAAACGCAAGGCCAGAUGUAACAACGCCAAGAACAAUGAUAAUGUGAUAAGAGAAAAGGAGAAAGACAUGCAGCAGGGCAACACUACACAAGAGCAUGGGGCUUUUAAUCUUGAGACAACUGAGAAGGGAUUGACUUCUAGACUUGAUGGCUUUAGAGCCGCCCAUAAAGUAGAAGCUCAGUCAGCAGCUAGACGGGCUGUUGCAUCAGAAGCUUCAGUGGGUGAAUCUCAGAGGAAAAACUCUGAUGGCAAAACAGUUGGCACCUUUGGUAAAAAGACUGAGGAAAGGCACAAAGCCAAGCUUUCCUCACCUUCAAAAGAGGACUCGUGGACUUUGUUUAAGCCCCCUCCAGUAUUUCCUGUGGACAAUAGCAGUGCAAAAAUUGUUCCCAAGAUCAGUUAUGCAAGUAAAGUAAAAGAGAACCUCAACAAAGUAGCUCAAGGUGGAGGAGAAUCACUGCCUCCUCCUGUUAGACUGUCACAGGUCCCUAUGUCUGCUAUGAAAACUAUCACCUCAGCUAGCUUUACUAAUGGCCCUGUUUCUGGAAACGGAAAUGGCUGCCCAUCAGUGGGUACCUUCUUUGCUCCUGCUGCUAGUAGUAUUCCACCAGCCCCAUCUAUCCCAAGUGGCGAGAAUGUAGCAUCACCUUUGGAAAGUAACUGUAGCUCUACAACCAGUCCUGUAGAUGGAGAAGCAUAUGAGCUUGGAAAGUAUACUCUUGUAAUUUACCCUUUAAAUAUGCAACCUGUGCUCCCUAGUGCUCGUCACCUUGACCCACCGGCUGCUCAGACAAAUCAGAAAGCCUUGGGAGAUAUCUUCCAGAAUCAGUGGGGGCUUUCCUUCAUCAAUGAGCCUAACUUGGGGCCAGAAGGAGGAGGUGGCCAGGUGCCUGCAGAGGACAAGACUACUGUGGUCACACCUCAAAGCGAGUGUCAGGCUGCCGCAGCCAAGGUUGCCCAGCCCUGCUUUGAUGUUAGCCCAUCAUUCUUAGAGCCGGGCACUUUGGCUCAAGACCCUGAGAAAAGGACUUGUGCCCCUUGCAAUGUGUCUAAUGCUUGUUCUCCUACUUGUGGGAUGGGUGAGGAGGAGAACAAGCUGCAGCCAUGUGGCCAGGAAAAGACAAAAGUUGAGGCCAAGGGUGCAGGUUCUGCUGUGUCGGCCCCCAGUAAAGACAACGGUGCUAAGCCUGCACAGGGCCAGCUAACCACUGUGUUGUUUGGCUCAUCUAAACAACAGGCCCACUCUAAAGACAUUGGCAGAAGGUGUAGCUGGGGGUCCUUUGAUAUUAAAGCUGCUGUCACUUACCACACUAAAGAAAUGGAAUUCAUUUUCAACUUGCAAAAACAAGAUCCAAAAAGAGUAGUGGUUUAUGAUGAGACCAAGGAUGGACCUGAUCAGUGAGGUAGAUGGUCUACAGUACUUACCUUCUUCUCUCCUGGGUGCUGCGAUUAUCUACCUUGGAAAUCCUAAAUCCUGUUGGACAGAUAAAGUGACAACUGUGAAAACAUUGAUAGUUUAGCAUGACAGAUGUUCCUUGGAAUCUCCGGUGGAAAAACAGACUUCUUUGGGGGCAUCAGACAAACAAACACACACGCACGCAUACAUACAUACAUACAGACAUACACAAACACACACACACACACUCUGGAGGGACGUUAAAGGAGUUGAUCGGUGCCUCUCCAACACGAUAAAUGGAACUUUGGAGCUGUGAUAGUUGUUUGUCUCAUGGCUCUCUAAGGAUGAUGUUCGGGAGUUCAACAAAGGAAGGUGUCAUGGAUUGCACCUCCCUAAGCCUUUAUCCUGUUGAACUGCGGCAGCCGUCAGUCUGACUAUGGGAUGCCUCAGUCGUUUUCUUUCUUCACGCAUUCAAAUGAGUUCAUUGUAGAUAUGUUAGACGUUAUACAUACACAUCCGUGUGCAAGCUUGAAUUCAUCGUGGAAGAAAGGAGAACACACUUUGCAAAGAAUGCCUUGAAGUUGUGGAGUUAAGAUCUUUGGAGUUAAAACUGUAAAGUUAAGUGGAAGCUCGUAGGUGAGGCCCCAUCCAGGAAGGGAGAACCUUGUCUUAAGUCCUUAUGGGGGAAAAAAUCAGAGCCCAGAAAUAAUACGCUUGCUUUCUUUCUUUUAUACUGUUCGGUCUGCCCUAACAUGAUUAGUGUUAUCUGCACUGCAGAAUGACCCCAGAGCACAGGUACAGAAGUGCCCAAUCUGAAGGAAAGCUACGCCCCUUCAUUUCAUUGUUCAAUACAGGUGUGCUAAAGAUUUUAAAAUCAGGUCUCCGUUAAAGGUAAAAUCUUUUCAUCUUAAAGCUUUUCAUACAUUUCAUGCAGAUUGUUGUGAGGUCACGCAGAUGUUUCUUAAAUUCAGAUUCAUAUCUAACAUAUGAAUCCUGACUUAAGGAAUUAACUGAGCGACAAAUUGUUAAGCAAAAGGCAUUGCUACCAUUAAGGUCUUCUGCCUUCUGUGUUUUUUUGUUCAGCAGCAAGACUCAGGAUGUCCAUUCAGAUUAGUUUGCUUGGAUUUCUUUCUGUGUAAAAACUGUUCAGUUCCUCUCGUUAAAGGAACAGUGUUGCAUUUUAUGACUUGUUUUCCCCUGACUCAGCAUUUGGUCUUUACUUUUUCUGUCUUAUGGCAUUGUAUUUCUUGCAUGUUUACUGGUGGAAAUGAACAAGUCAGAGGUCACUGUUCAUCGCCAUACAAAGAUAACGGCAACACAACAACAAUUGCAAUACUAAUCUAGGUUCCCCCGACUAGCCACUUUGUCAAACUGUGUUGAAAUGUGAAGAUGAGUUGUACUUUUAUGUUUUUAACUGUUAACAUUUUACAAACCAGUGUGCAAUAACACCGUGUGAUCCAUACGAUGUGUGAAAUGGGUUAUAUGGAGCUACAAAAUCAUCACCCCAAGAUGCUGGUGUGGUUUGUUUUAAAACGUUUAAGGUGCGUUGUCAGUUUGUUGCACAAAUUCUUAAGUGAUUUUUUUUGCUAAAGAGCUCACGCUGAAAGAUUGAAUUAUGAAGUCUAGGGAGCCCAAAUUUGCUAACUGUUAACUGGCCAGCUGUGACAUCACUUUCAUCACCAUCUCCAAAUCAGGAUUGGUUUAUUCAGCAUAAGGAAGGAACUGUGCAGGUUUCUUUUCACUAGAAGAUAUGAUUUGGUUAAUGUGUGGAUUAAUAGCACUUUAUGUAAACUAAUUGCUUUUAUCUUUUAAUUACUAGAGAGAUCUAUAUGUACUGACGAGAAAUACUCCUUGAAAGGAUGGCUCUGGGCUGUUACUUUUCAGUAAAAAAAACAAAAAAAAACAAGUUGAUAAAUACAGAAUUAUUAAAUGUAUCUCAGGUAGUGUUGAUAAAGCCAUGACUAUGUUAGAUAUUGUUUCUGCCAAAUGGCCCCUGUCAUGUAACGUUCUCAAAUUGGAAAUGUUGAAUUGGAGUCCUAUUAUAUAGAGUCUCAUAUGAUGUUGUGACAAAACACCAAAUAAUUACUUUGGAGGAAAGCUGUCAAGGCGUGCAAGGUGCUGUCAUUGUCACUUUGGGCUCUAAAAAUACACAUUUUCCAGUUUAUUUUCCCCCUUUUAAAAAUAAGCACAUUGCUCCAUGCGCUGUUUUCUAUCUUUACUAGACUGUAAUCUUGCAAUCUUUGAUGGUUCAUUUUCUCCCUCGUGUGUUUAUAGUGAAGCACCUCUUGAUUUAUUAUUGCUGAACAUCAGUGGUGUUUCUGUUGGGUAGCUACAAUCUGGGUAUGAGUUUUUCGAGUACACUUCUCUCCACUGUGUCCUGAUUAGGCAGCGCCGCAGCUCAUACUCAUGUGUGGAGUGGGAGAGUUGUAACUGCGGCCAGUUGUCUUGACAUUUAACUUCCACGUUCUAAUCUCAGUCAGCUCUCUGGUAUUUAAAACGCUUUGUUUUAGGCUUCCAUUGUACAGCGUGUGAUGGAUGAGUGUAUCAUCAGAUGCUGCCCUCUGACUAAGAACCAUUGUGUUGGAUUUGGUGUAUGAGGAAGCAAGGGCAUUUGAGGAGAUAUUACCCAUUAGCAUUUAGACUUUUAUGUUUUUACUGUGCUUGCGGAAAUUGACAUUUAAUCUGGCAUAAAGUUACACAAAACUCACAAUGUAAUUUCCUCUGAUUGCCCAUAAUUCAUACACAGAGCGACAUAAUCAGGUUUCCAUGCGGCGAAUGCCAAAUUCUUCAGACUGAAAUCAUUUUCUGCGGACAGUGAUGCAUCUAUAGGCUUCUAAAUGUAAAACAGGGUGAUCAAAAUGAGUAGUAUGUGAUGUUACUGUAGUCUUACGACCUUUUUCUUUAAAAUAUUUGUUUUGUCUUGCUUUUUUGAGAGGAUGGUCCUGUACAGGGAAAUCAGAGAAUCCUCCCACCCCAAGGCUCCUCUGUUUUAAGCACUUAAAUACAGCAAAAAGGCUAUGUUGAAUAUGCAUUUAUAAAGAUAGAACUAUUAUUUAGCAUUGUAGCCUGCAAACCAAAAACAGGUUCUUGAAGCUGAGUAGAUGGUUAAUCAGUGAUGUGGGGAGGGGGGAUUUGAGUGACUGACUGUUGGUGCGUUGAGAAAGAAAAGCCUGAUCACGUGGAGUUUUAUAUCUCCACCCCCUCAGGAUGUGCAAUCACCUCAAGGAUGCUGAUGCAGGCUUCCAGGUUGUGAGUGACGAGUUUGGCCUCGUUGUUUUGUGGGUGUGUGCAUAGCGAGUUCUUCCUAUUAUAUGCAAGUUCCUCGUAUAUUUCAAAAAAAAACCCCUCCCCCAACCUCCUCCUUGUUGUUUCAUGUUCAGGUGCCUGUGUGAAAAAAAUUAUACUUUACAGCAAUUUUGAUUGUUUAAAAUCUGCUUCCAGCAUAUAUCCGUGCCAUUUUUUUGUUUCUUUUUUUUUUUUUUUUUUGUAACAUUUGCAAUGCUGUUUAAGUUUUCUUACAGCUAAUCCUAAUUUCUUCUUUUAAGCGACAUGGACGCAGCUGAAAGCAAUGAGCAUUUUAUGUGUUUUUGUAGUUUUUUGUUUUUGUUUUUUGUUUUUUUUAAUUUUAAAAAAUAUUGUCAUGGCUUGUGUGUUCAGAACUGUGUGACCUAAAGCCAAAAUCAGUUUGAAUGGGACGGACGGAUGACGACCGCUAGCUGGCGUAUACCCAUGCCAGUCUCAUUGUCAAGUUAAUGUCUGAAGUAGCACAUAAUUGAUUUGAACUGAUUUAACAAGUUAAUGUUUUAACAUAUGUUUUUAAAAACGUUUUAUUUUUGAGUCAUAACCUAAUUUAUCCAUAGAUGCACAAGUAGGAUGAGACUAAAAGGAAUAAAUGAUACAGAAAAUAAAGAUGUCUCAUUUUUCAUGAGUUUUAGAGGAUUUAGUUACUGAUAAAGACUGAUGUAGACUUAUUUUCCCCCCAAUAGCACCAGUGUUAAUAUAUUUGAACUCUUUUCCAGCAGAUUUUCUACAAAUUACUUUAAUUCAUUUCGUCAGAUAGCUGUGAUGGAGUGAUGAGCAUCGAGACACACUGCAUCCCAGAGUUCUUAAUAUAUUUUUUAUUUGUAGUGAUGUUGAUCAUGUUGUGAGGGGGAGUUGAGGUAUUAACGUGCGGUUCAACAACUCUGAAAUCUGCUUUCGCCAAAGGUACACUACUCAGAUAUUCAGCUAGUGAAUGGCAAGCGCACAGACUGGGGACGUUGUUGAUGAUGUCAUAACCAGCUCCCUGACAUCGUGCUGGGUUCGGAGGAGUUUCUAGUGAAGAGAAGUCACUACUGUAGCAGCUGAAUGUCACUUUGAGCGUGUUGUUAAACGGUGUGAGAGAGGAGCAAUCUUCAAAAGAUAAAACAAAUACCGAAAGUGCUGCUUCUUCAUCCAGUAAUCAAUCGUCUGUAAUGGGAAAUGCUGGACUUUGGUGUUUGUGCUCGACUUAAAAACUGUCCCUCCUUUAAACUGUCAUUGCCUCUUGUGGAAAUGUUUUUAAUUUAGGGGGCUUUUUUUUUUCUUUUAUUCAAUGACACAUGAGAGGUACAGUGUUUAUGAUUCCACACAUGAUGAAUAACGUUUAAAAAAAAUAAAAUAAAAAGGGCAACAUGUCUUUACAAAGUUCAGUCAUGAAAAGAGGCGAUAUGUUGCGCCGAGUCAUCUUUUUUUGUUUCUCUGUGUCAUCUCAAAUGGCUGUUGUGCUUGUUGAUGCAUUUUUUUUAAUUUUUUUUUUGAAUCUGCUCCUCCUUUUGUCACUUUUACAUCUCUUGCCCCCCUAAAAUAUGAGGCAAUAGCAUUUCUUUCUCAGAUGUCUUACAGGUUGACAUUUAAGUUAAGUGAGCAGUCUGAUUAUUUAAUUUUUGUUUGGAAUUUAACAGAAGUGUCACAUUACAAUGUUCUUUUUUUUAAAGCAUGAUAAUAACCCUCAAAUUCCAAACAAUGUAAUAGAGUCGAUAUAAAAAAAAAGAAAAAAAACUUCCAGUGUUCACAAUUUUAGUUUCCAUUAAAAUGUCAAAUUUUCAUGAAGAA